UCUUGGCCGAGGUCUAACGGCGCCUGCGCGGACGGGAGCCCGACUGGAACAUGGCGACUUGCGCUGAAAUCCUGCGGAGCGAGUUCCCUGAAAUUGACGGACAGGUCUUUGACUACGUGACGGGCGUCUUGCACAGCGGCAGUGCAGACUUCGAGUCUGUGGAUGAUCUGGUGGAAGCGGUGGGGGAACUGUUGCAGGAGGUGUCCGGGGACAGCAAGGAUGACGCGGGCAUCAGGGCUGUGUGCCAGCGCAUGUACAACACUUUGCGCCUGGCUGAGCCACAGACCCAGGGAAACGGCCAGGUGCUCCUAGACACCCCCAUCCAGUUGUCAAAGAUAACAGAAAACUACGACUGUGGCACCAAACUUCCAGGACUGCUAAAGAGGGAACAGUCCUCGACAGUGAAUGCAAAGAAGCUAGAGAAGGCUGAGGCUCGACUGAAGGCAAAGCAGGAGAAGCGCUCUGAGAAGGACACACACAAGACCAGCAGCCCUCUAGUCUUGGAAGAGGCAUCAGCCAGCCAGGCAGGCAGCAGAAAGGAGAGUCGGUUGGAAUCAUCUGGCAAGAACAAGUCCUAUGAUGUUCGAAUUGAGAACUUUGAUGUGUCUUUUGGCGAUAGGGUACUGCUGGCUGGGGCAGAUGUGAACCUGGCGUGGGGCCGCCGCUAUGGACUAGUGGGUCGAAAUGGGCUGGGGAAGACAACACUCCUGAAGAUGCUGGCCACUCGGAGCCUGCGGGUUCCAGCACACAUUUCCCUGCUGCAUGUGGAGCAGGAGGUUGCUGGAGACGACACCCCUGCCCUGCAGAGUGUGCUAGAGAGUGACACUGUGAGAGAGGACCUUCUGCGGAGGGAGCGGGAGCUCAGCGCCCAGAUUGCCACUGGCAGGGCUGAGGGCUCAGAAACUGCACAGUUGGCGGAAAUAUAUGCCAAAUUGGAGGAGAUUGAGGCUGACAAGGCACCUGCCAGGGCAUCAGUCAUUCUUGCUGGGCUUGGCUUUACCCCUAAAAUGCAGCAGCAGCCCACCCGGGAGUUCUCAGGUGGUUGGAGAAUGAGACUGGCUCUGGCCCGGGCCCUGUUUGCUAGGCCAGAUCUUCUGCUCUUGGAUGAACCCACAAACAUGCUGGAUGUAAGGGCCAUCCUGUGGCUGGAGAAUUACCUGCAAACAUGGCCCUCUACGAUCCUGGUUGUCUCCCAUGACCGCAACUUCCUGAAUGCCAUAGCCACAGACAUCAUCCACCUACACAGCCAGCGGCUAGAUGGCUACCGGGGAGACUUUGAGACGUUCAUCAAGAGCAAGCAGGAGCGGCUGCUCAACCAGCAGCGUGAAUAUGAGGCACAACAGCAGUAUCGCCAGCAUAUCCAGGUUUUCAUUGACCGAUUUCGCUACAACGCCAACAGAGCUUCUCAAGUGCAGAGUAAACUCAAGAUGCUGGAGAAGCUACCAGAACUGAAACCUGUGGACAAGGAAUUGGAGGUGGUGAUGAAGUUCCCUGAUGGGUUUGAGAAGUUCUCACCGCCAGUUCUACAACUAGAUGAGGUGGAUUUCUACUAUGAUCCUAAGCAUAUCAUCUUCAACCGUCUUUCUGUCUCUGCUGAUCUCGAGUCCCGCAUUUGUGUGGUUGGGGAGAAUGGCGCUGGUAAGUCUACCAUGCUGAAGCUGCUUAUGGGGGACUUGGCGCCUGUCCGGGGCAUCAGACAUGCUCACAGAAAUCUGAAGAUUGGCUAUUUCAGCCAGCACCAUGUGGAGCAGCUGGACCUGAACGUCAGUGCUGUGGAACUGCUGGCACGCAAGUUUCCUGGGCGGCCUGAGGAGGAGUAUCGUCACCAGCUGGGCCGGUAUGGCAUCUCUGGAGAACUGGCCGUGCGCCCUGUUGCCAGCUUGUCUGGGGGCCAGAAGAGUCGGGUAGCCUUUGCUCAGAUGACCAUGCCCUGCCCCAACUUCUACAUCCUGGAUGAACCCACAAACCACCUGGAUAUGGAGACGAUUGAGGCUCUGGGCCGUGCUCUCAACAAUUUUAGGGGCGGUGUGAUUUUGGUGUCCCACGAUGAGCGCUUCAUCAGGCUGGUGUGCCGAGAGUUGUGGGUGUGCGAAGGCGGUGGCGUCACCCGGGUUGAGGGGGGGUUUGACCAGUACCGCGCCCUUCUCCAGGAACAGUUCCGCCGUGAGGGCUUCCUCUAGGGUCACCAGGCGGAGGACUGUGCCCAGGACAUGGACUGGUGUCUCAGACCCCUGGGCCACGAUGUGGGCAACCAUCGCCAGGCCACGGACUUCCCCCAACUUUGGGGACAGCCUUAUUUCCAAAUCUCCUUUUAACUGGAGCAUCCUCUGCACAACCCAGGGAGCCCCAUCUCAGUAUCUAUGAGGACUGGUCUUCAAGGGAAGGGGUGGGGGGUGCUCUCUGGUUAUAAAAUCCGUCCCCCUGCCGAUGCCCCAGCUCUGACUGGGCUCCAAGUGGCUGCUGUGUAAAUUAAAUGUCCCCCUGCAUCUCCCUGGCCUCAUCUCUGCUGCUCACUGGCAGGGCUACAGUGCUUGCCCACUGUUAAGGGGUGUGGGCUCUGUGGUCUGGGCUUUUCUUAGAGCACUUGUAUCAGCCACAGGGCCGAGUCCACGGCAGCACCAGUCUUGCUCUGGAAGGAGGCAUCAUUAAAGCCACUGGGGCUCAAA